AUUCCUAAGGGGGUAUGUCCCCUUGGUAGGUCAAAGUCAGAGACCACAAGGGGGGAGCCCCAGAGCACCCACCUCUCCUUGCCUGGGAAACUAGAAGUGGAGCUGGGGAGAAGGAAAAGGAGGUGAAAAGGAUGGGCAGCAAGGAAGAUGUGGGGAAGGGAUGUCCGGCGGCCGGUGGCGUCUCCAGCUUCACCAUCCAAUCCAUCCUGGGCGGGGGCCCCUCCGAGGCACCGCGGGAGCCCGCCGGGUGGCCAGCCAGGAAACGCAGCCUGUCUGUGUCCUCGGAGGAGGAGGAGCCGGAGGAAGGCUGGAAGGCUCCGGCUUGUUUCUGCCCAGAUCCGCACGGCCCCAAGGAACCAAGCCCUAAGCACCAUCCCCCCAUCCCUUUCCCUUGUCUGGGUACCUCCAAGGGCAGCGGAGGCUCAGGGCCUGCGGCCUCGGAGCGCACGCCUUUUCUUUCCCCUUCUCACCCGGACUUUAAAGAAGAGAAGGAGAGGCUCUUGCCGGCGGGCUCGCCUUCUCCGGGCCCGGAGCGGCCACGGGACGGCGGUGCGGAGCGCCAAGCCGGAGCGGCCAAGAAGAAGACGCGCACCGUCUUCUCCCGCAGCCAAGUGUACCAGCUCGAGUCCACCUUCGACAUGAAACGCUACCUGAGCAGCUCGGAGCGCGCUUGCCUCGCCUCCAGCCUGCAGCUCACCGAGACCCAGGUUAAGACUUGGUUCCAGAAUCGCCGCAACAAGUGGAAGCGGCAGCUUUCCGCCGAGCUGGAGGCGGCCAAUAUGGCACACGCGUCGGCACAGACUCUCGUGGGCAUGCCGCUGGUGUUUCGGGACAGUUCGCUGCUGCGAGUGCCGGUGCCGCGCUCUCUCGCCUUCCCGGCUCCGCUCUAUUAUCCUAGCAGCAAUCUCUCGGCCUUACCGCUCUACAACCUGUACAACAAGCUUGACUACUAACACGCCGGCCGGCUCCCGGGGCGCCCCUGGUCGUCUGCAGCCGCCUGCAUAGCCCGGCGCGGUCGGUAUCCUCCUCAGGGCUCCGGAGCAGAGCGGCGCGUGUCCAGAAAUAUUAAGAAAUACACCAUGUGUAUUCGUUAUGUCUUAUUUAUGGCCUCUUCCCUACUUUUUGGUUUUUUAAAAAUCUUGUUUCGUUUUGAGUAUUUAUCUGCAUUCUUCACGACAGAGCACCUGCUUUUUACACACAAACCAAACCAACACGCGUUUGAAAACUAUUUUGGAAGGGGAGAUUCUCGGGCGGUGGUGGGAAAUGGGGGUUUUGAUUAGGUCAGUUUUGGCUGGUAGCAAGAAAAAAUACACCAGAAAAAGACCAACAAAACCAGGUAGUCUUUUACCCAUAUAUAUACACUUGUAUAUAGAUAAUGUACAAGGACACACGCUCAGCCGAGCCGAGCCCACUAGGACCUUUGUCAUUGAACUAAUCACUUCUCUUUAUUCCCUUCCUCUUGAGGAUGGGUUAGGGAUGAAACGAGGAGAGUACAGAUCUGUAAAUAUUUUUAAAGAGAAAAAAAAUAAAACGUUUUAAACAAGGUUGCUAACUUUGGAGGGAUUAAUUGUCCCACAAAACAGUGAGCAGGAGAGUUUUUGGAUUUUUAGCUCCAGAGCGUGCAAUAUUGCGUCUCCUCCCUCCGCCCCCAAGGUCCGGUUAUCACCACGUGAGGGUGGGGUUGGGCUCAGAGGUUAAAGGUCGGGAUAUUGGGGCUGCCCAGGCAGCACGUGACUGGAGCUGCUUACGGGAACAGCCCAGUUCCCACGACCCAGAUGUGAGGGUUGGGGUGCACUCCGAGAUGGAAUCCAGAUCCAGAGCCCCGCGCCGCAAAGACAAAGCCAGGAGCCUGGCUGAUGACCGGGUUGCCUCUGGGAAUGAGCGAAGCAAGGAUGCGAACAUUUCCCUGGUACUGGGAUCGGGUGUUUGGGGGGCUAAACGAAAGCUGGGCACUCCACGAAAGGCCGAAGCUCUUGGCGCUUUUGUCGUCCUCCUGCGCGGAUUAAAACGUGUGGUGUGAGAAGGCCUGGGGUCCAGAGCUCCACGCUACCCGCUUGCAGCCCACGCAGGGUUCUCCGGCUGGUGACACAGUUGCGAGUUCUGCCCAGAACGGGAAGUGACGAUUAAAGGUCAGAUUUCGUUGGAGGGAUUCGUGGAGCAGGUGACAGAGGCGCUUCCCUUCCUUCUUUUUGUAGUUGUUAAAUUUGCACUUGUGAGUGACCAAAUGGUUGGAUCACUGGCCAGCACGCAGCAGCUGUUUCUGAAUUGAGUCCUGAGGGUUGCAGUACCCGGCAGCCUGCCUCUAUGCAGGGCUAGGGAGGCGCUGCACCCGGAGAACUGCAGCUCCAGGGUCAUGCAAAUCCCAGCACUGUACUUUCUCUGCGUUUAAAUAGCAUCCACCUGUUUCUUGUUAAACGUCAGAAAUGGGUCUGGAGCUUGGAGGAGGCCUCAGGUUGAGUUAUUAGGUCCUGUCCGCCUCCCCUCAGUGGUUGACCGGGGUGCAAGAAACUAAGAGUCUGGAGCGCCAAGGCCCUAUUUCUUUCUUCAGAAGAAAACCGGGUGCCUGAGGGACCUGUCUCUUUGAGCUAAGAGGCAUCGAAAUGACCUGCAUUUUGUAGAAAUUCACAGAAUGCAAACGUUUACGUGACCCGUAUCGUUCCGUGAAAGAUGCCUGGCCAAAGUGAUUUGCUCUAAUAUUGCCCAUUUUCUUCUUAUCACAUAUUUUAUAAAACUGCAACUCCUCCAAGGUGACGUCAGAUGGAUGCUACUCAAGAAUGCACCCGACAAUACUAGGUUGGUUCAAUUGCAUUUAUUUUGUUUUAGCUGUGUUCACGUCAGUAAGUGUUUGUUGAGGUCCCAACACGUGUUAAGAACCCACACUAAAUUUGGGGUGGUCCAAAGAGAGAACACAAAGAGGCCUAUCAGUUCUCUUCUUACUUAUUAAAUACGUGUUUUCAAUU